UCUAUUUAACUUUUAUCAAAACUCCUUUCCCUUCCUUUGUGUCAAACUUUCUUUAUUAAAUUUUAGGAAGCCAAAAUGUGUGUAAAGUGUAUACAAACCUUUUGACUAGGAAACCAGUAUCCCUCUGGCUGUUACCCUCAGCCAAUGCCAGGAGGAUGUCCACCAGGCCCUGUCGCACCCCAACCCUGCCCUCCUCAGCCCUGUGGUCCACCUGUGUACAAUCCUGUAGCACCACCUUGUGCAGGGCAUGAAGGCCAUCAGGGACCAGUGCCUGGUUUUGGGCAUGGACACGGUCCUGGGCAUGGACACGGUCCUGGGCAUGGACACGGUCCUGGGCAUGGACACGGUCAUGGCCCUGGGCAUGGACACGGCCCUGGGCAUGGACACGGUCCUGGGCAUGGACACGGUCAUGGUCCUGGGCAUGGACACGGUCCUGGGCAUGGACACAGUCAUGGCCAUGGACAUGGGCAUCAUGAACAUGGACAUGGACAUGGGCAUCAUGGUCACGGCCACAAGCACAAGCAUGGCCACAUUCAUGGCCAUUGCCACAAGAAAGGAGGGACAUGUCACGGGUCCUCCAGCAGCUCCUGCAGCAGCAACUCAGACUAGAUGAAGAUGAGAGAAACAAGAGAAGCUGCCACCUGCAAACCUUCAUCCUGCUUCCUUCUAUGAUAAUGAGUCUAUUUGAUCCCCUACAUUUUAAACCCUUUCUUUUAAAGCUUGUGUUUUGUUUGCUUGUGUUUUUUGAAUCAAAUAUUGGGUUAAUACAUUCAAAUUAAAAGUCAGGUUUAACUGUCACUAUAUUACCUUGUAUGAAGUAUUAGGUCGCUGCAUUUUAAAGUGGAAAGAAUUAAACAUUUGUACCAGCUCUAUGUGUGACAUAGUAUAUGCUUUUCAUUCACACUGAUCAUAAUUUCCUUGUGAUUAACAAUAUAAAACUGCCUUCUGUUUAUCAUAACAGCACAUAAUCUCGACAAUUCCUGGCGUCUGUAUUCUCUUUUUAAUUUGGCCUCAUUGUACCUUAUUACAUGGAGUGUGUGUGACCUAUCAGUGUGUAUUUAUAUUAUCUUUAUUUACCCAGGGAGCGUUGACUUAAGACCUUUGUUCAGCUCUACCACCAAGCUGCUCUGCUCCUGAAAUGUAUCUACCUAGCUCGCUUCCUGGCAUCUAACCCGACAAACAAUGCUUGAAAACAGAAAUAAGACCAACUGAAUGAUUAAAGAUUUGGAAAAACAAGUGUAAUCAUUAUUGCAUUAAUAAAAAAAUAUAUAAGGAAAUA